UAAUGGAUAAGGCACUGGCCUCCUAAGCCAGGGAUUGUGGGUUCGAGUCCCAUCUGGGGUGAUAGUUGUUUUUCUUUUUCCGGCGUCUGUCAGUGCUCAUAGUGUAAUUCAGCGUGUGUCAGUCGCGUCUUAUAAACGUAGGCUUACGUUACCUCGCCCGUAUCCGUAAGGAUCGCGGUUGGAUUUUGUAAUGCUGUUUUGUCAUAAGGAAGCUCUUUACUAACUGACUUCCCACUUUAUUUUCAGUUUCUGUGCUGCGCGUGACUGAACAUCGACACAAACAUGACGAAAUACGACAUUUUUGUUUUAAUUCUCGCUUGUUUUGCUGCAACAGCGAGAAGCGACAAGUUGCUGAAGGCCACGGCGUACUGGGACUCCACCCAUAAGGCCGUUCUGCUGAAGGAGGGCGUUCUAGACCCACAGGGCGAUGCGUACGGUUACUAUAAUGACACGUUGUCGUUGACGGGAUGGGGCGUGCUGGAGAUCCGUGCAGGAUACGGACAGACGGCGGAGCCGGAUGGUGUCACCAUGUUCUUGGCUGGAUAUUUGGAGGGUUUCCUCACCGCGCCGCAGAUUUUCGAUCAUUACACCAACAUGUACCCGCAGCUGAUCAAUAAUCCCAAAACGCUGGUGGCCGUGAAGCGCUUUAUGUCUAAGCAGGACGAUUGGUCUCGGCAACAGGUGAAGCGUAACACCACUGAUCCUCUGUGGAUUCACACGGGUCUGAUUCUGGCGCAGCUGGACGGACUGCAGGCUGGAGUGACCGACUGGGCCAAAAAACACGGGAGGACGCCUCUGUCCCAGUUUGCCAUUCAGUUCCUUAAUGCGGUCGGUGAUCUGCUGGAUCUGAUCCCGGCGCUGGUUCCCAGCAAGACGUCCGGCUUUAAUAAGUAUAAAGCUCCUCCGAUGGGCCACUGCUCUGCGCUCAUAAAGAUGCUGCCUGGCUUUGAGAACCUGUUGUUCGCUCACUCCAGCUGGUACACGUACGCCGCCACCAUGCGCAUCUACAAACACUGGGACUUCAAGCUGAACGAGCCACAUACGGCCACAGGGAAGCUCUCCUUCAGCAGCUACCCAGGGUUUCUGGUGUCUCUGGAUGAUUUCUAUCUGCUGGGCAGCGGUUUAAUGAUGACUCAGACCACCAAUAACGUCUUCAACACCUCGCUGUACUCCUACAUCAGUCCUGCAAGUCUGUUCUCAUGGCAGAGGGUUCGACUGGCACACACACUAGCAUACACUGGAGAGCAAUGGGCCAAAACCUUCUCCAGAUACAACUCUGGGACGUAUAAUAACCAGUACAUGGUUGUGGACGUGAGUAAAGUGAAUCUGGGCAGCAGUCUGGAGGACGGAGCGUUGACUGUAGUCGAGCAGAUCCCAGGACUGGUGGAGUAUUCAGACCAGACACAGACAUUGCGCAGAGGAUAUUGGCCGUCCUACAAUGUGCCAUUCCAUCGUAAGAUCUACGAUCUGAGUGGAUACGAGCAGAUGUGGAAGAAGUAUGGUGAGGAUUUCUCCUACGACCUUUGCCCUCGCGCCAAGAUCUUCCGCCGCGACCAGUCGUCCGUCAGCGACCUGAACUCCCUCAAACACAUCAUGAGAUACAAUGAUUAUAAGAAUGACCCGUACUCGCAUGGCGACCCGUGUAAUUCUAUCUGCUGUCGUAAUGACCUGCAGGUUUAUCAAGCCAGUCCCGGAGGAUGUUACGACACAAAGGUGACGGAUCUGCACAUGGCUCAGGACUUCACGGCGGAGGCAUUAAACGGCCCGACUACAGAAGGAGGCCUUCCCGUCUUCUCCUGGGAGCUGUUCAACAGCACGUCUCAUCAGGGUCUUCCUCCGAAAUACAACUUCAGCUUCGUCAUGAUGCAGCCGCAGCUCUUCCGCCCCUGAGGAUCAUGGGAUUUCACUUCUGGCCUGGUUUUAAAAACUCUAUGCGACGUCUAUCACCUAAAACCAAUCUGAACUCUUGAAUCUUUCCAUGCAACAUUUAUUUUGAGCCAUAAAAUCAGCACAAAACUCUACAGCUGCCUUUUGACAAUCAGUCCAGGACGGUUUACAUCACUUUUGAUAGAUUGAGUAACUCAUAAUGCUUUAGUGACCAUUUCAAACACAUAAAAUGAUGAUACACGCAAGUCAAAAUUGUAAAAUGUCAAAAUUAUUAUGCACUAGGUCAAAAUUUGACCUUUAUGCACAUGCAUAAUGUAAAAUUCUAAAUGACUGCAAAGUUGAAAUUGACAUACUAGGUUAAAAUGGACAUGUUAAGUCAUAAUUAUGAUGUAAAAUGCUGAAAUUAUGCCAUACAGAGUUGAAAUUGACAUACUAGGUCAAAGUUUGCAUAAUCGUAAUUAUGAGGUGAAGUAGAAAUUAUGAGGUGAAAAGUCUAUAGUAAGUCAUACUAAGGCAUAAAUUGGAGGUAAAAAAAAAAAAAAGUGAAAUUAUGACAUACUAAGUCAAAAUGGACAUGCCAAGUCAUAAUUGUUAUGUGAAAGGGCUCAAUUAUGAUACACCAAGUCAAAUUUUACAUACUAAGUCAAAUGAAGAGAUAAAAUGAUGUCUUUUUAGACUUUUUUAUCUCAUAGUUUUUUCUUUAUUUUUUCAACACUUUACUUCAUGAAUGUUACUUGGUAUGUCAGAAUUUUUACUUUUAAUCUCAUAAAUAUAACUUAGAAUGCCAUAAUUUUGAUGUCCCAAGUCAUAAUUGUUAGCUAAAAAGGUUAAAUUAUGAUACACUAAGUCAAAAAUGACAUACUAAGUCAAAUUAAGAGGUAAAAUGAUGAGGGUAAAAAGUUGGAAUUGACAUAAAUGUGACAUUUUGUCAAUGUUGACUUUUUUCCAAAUCAUCAAUUUUUUUUGACACUUAACCUCAUAAAUGUAACUUGUAUGUCAUAAUUUUCAAUUUUAAUCUCAUAAAUAUGUCUUCGAAUGUCACAAUUUUGACUUAUGCCAUGAUUAUGAUCACCGAAGCAUGACUUUUUUUGUCUUGUGUGGCAGAAAAGGGUUUCCAUAAAUUACUGCAACACAGAUGAACAUCUUAAAAGGGAAGACGUCAAUAUCACUGUCAUUUUUUUUUGAACAACACGAGCAGAAAAACAAAGUGUCUAAUGUAAAUGUAAACGACAGGAAUGUCUUGUUCGUCACUGUCAUGUUUCUUUACGUUUUCACAUCUCUUCUCUCAGGGACUCUCAAGUGCCUUUGUUAGUAUACGAAUGUGUUCUGCCUUCAGCUCUGAAUGUCUGUAUCGCUGAGCAUCGCUGUCACAAUCAGGAUGUUUGUGAUCUGUGCCGCAUGUGAUUUUUCUCUUUGAUUUGACCAAUGAAUGAAUGAACACAAGCCUCAA